AUGUGGCGCCUGUGGCUGCGCGCGCGGCGGGCGGGGGCCGCGGGGCUGCGCCCGGCGGGGGGGGGGCCCCGGGGGGGGGGCCCGGGGGGAGGCGCGCUCCCGCGUCCGGCCCGGAUGGUCCCCGCGCGCUCCCUGGGGGGCGCGGGCCCGUGGGCGGCGGGGGCCGGGCCCGGACCGAGGACCCGCUCCCCGCUGCUCCGCCCCCCCCCCGCCCCCGCCCCCGCCCCGCGACACUACAGCCUCCCCCCGCACCAGAAGGUGCCCCUGCCCUCGCUGUCACCCACCAUGCAGGCGGGCACCAUCGCCCGCUGGGAGAAGAAGGAAGGGGAGCAGAUCCGCGAGGGCGACCUCAUUGCCGAGGUGGAGACGGACAAGGCCACCGUGGGGUUUGAGAGCCUGGAGGAGUGUUACCUAGCCAAGAUCCUUGUCGCCGAGGGAACCAGGGACGUGCCCAUCGGGGCCAUCAUCUGCAUCACCGUGGAAAAGCCCGAGCACAUCGAAGCCUUUAAAAACUACACCCUGGAUUCGGCGGGGCCCCCGACGGCAGCGGCGGCUCCUCCUGCCCCUCCUCCCCCCCCUGCAGCUGCCCCAGCACCCUCCGCUCAGCCUCCAGGGAGCUCCUACCCCCCUCAUUUACAGGUCCAGCUCCCGGCCCUGUCCCCCACCAUGACCAUGGGCACCGUGCAGAGGUGGGAGAAGAAGGUGGGCGAGAAGCUGAGCGAAGGGGACCUGCUGGCCGAGAUCGAGACCGACAAGGCCACCAUCGGUUUUGAGGUUCAGGAGGAAGGUUACCUGGCAAAGAUCCUGGUGGCAGAAGGCACAAAGGACGUGCCCCUGGGCACUCCGCUGUGUAUCAUCGUGGAGAAGGAGGCGGACAUUCCUGCAUUCGCGGACUACCAGCCGACGGCGGUGGUAGACAUGAAACCCCAGCCCGCACCAUCCACCCUGGCUUCGGCAGCAGCCUUCGCCGCUUCUCCGCAGCCCGCUUCCCCCGCACCCCCGGCUGCCCGCCCCGCUGCCGCUGCUGGCUCAAAGGCGAGGCUCCACGUCAGCCCCCUGGCCAGGAAACUGGCCACCGAGAAGGGCAUCGACCUGGCCCAGGUGAAAGGGACUGGACCGGAUGGCAGGAUCACCAAGAAAGACAUCGACUCAUUCGUGCCUUCCAGGGCCGCCCCCGCUCCGGCCGCGGCGGUGCCCAGCCUGACUCCCGAGGUGGCGGCCGCGCCCGCCGGCGUCUUCACCGACAUCCCAGUCAGCAACAUUCGCCGAGUGAUCGCUCAGCGGCUGAUGCAGUCCAAGCAGACCAUCCCUCACUACUACCUCUCCGUGGACGUGAACAUGGGAGAAGUUUUGCUGGUCCGGAAGGAGCUCAACAAGAUGCUGGCGGGGAGCAGUAAGAUUUCGGUCAACGACUUCAUCAUCAAGGCCUCAGCCCUGGCCUGCCUGAAGGUGCCCGAAGCAAAUUCCUCUUGGCUGGACACCGUCAUCCGGCAGAACCACGUGGUCGACGUGAGCGUGGCCGUGAGCACCCCCGCGGGACUCAUCACGCCCAUAGUGUUCAACGCACACAUCAAAGGGUUGGAAUCCAUCGCCAACGACGUCGUCUCGUUGGCAGCCAAGGCUCGAGAGGGGAAGCUGCAGCCCCAUGAGUUCCAGGGCGGCACCUUCACCAUCUCCAAUUUAGGCAUGUUCGGGAUAAAGAACUUCUCCGCCAUCAUCAAUCCGCCUCAGGCCUGCAUCUUGGCGAUCGGGGCGUCCGAGGACAGGCUGGUGCCAGCAGAGAACGAGAGGGGGUUCGACGUGGCCAGCAUGAUGUCCGUCACCCUGAGCUGUGACCAUCGGGUGGUGGACGGGGCCGUGGGAGCCCAGUGGCUGGCGGAGUUCCGGAAGUUUCUGGAGAAGCCCAUCACCAUGCUGCUAUGAUCCCCCCAGCCGGGGGUCGGGGGGGGGCCGGCGGCUCCUUGGGGCCGCGCCGGGUAUUUAUUCGUCUCAGUUGUCGGAGGGGGCCCCUUUUUUUAUUUUAAAGCUCGCCUGUUAUUUUGGCUGUCCAGACCAGUGUUAUUUCGGCUGUCCAGACCCGUGGGGGCGGCGGGGGAGCGAGGACGGGUGGGCGCCCGGGAAACCGGGAGGCUGGCCAAGGGAAGGUGGGCAAGGGCAGCGUCUCCAUCCCACCCUGGCUUUGGAAUUGGGCUCAGCUUAGAUCACGGCCACCCCACCGGUUUCAACCGGGUGGGCAAAGUAGCACCCUCCGCCUGCCCCCAACCCGGCCCAUCCCCGGUUUGUCCGGGAAACUUGUUCCACAGACAAGCUCUCCCAGCUUCCCGCGAGCACCAAGGCCUCACGGGCUGCGGGAAGACCUAAUAAUAGUUAUAAUGAUAGUAAUUAUUAUUAUUAGGCACCAUCCAGAGUCCAGCUGGCCUGAGGUGGGCCGGGCAUUUGUUCAUAUCUGAGUGGUCACCCCCGAGGUGUGGCUUCCAUCUCCUGCCUGGGAGUUGUGUAUUUUCCCUGUCUCUCUCCCCCGGACUCCCUGAGCCCCCGCCCAGCCCUGCUCCCGAGGCCCCAGACAAGCAGAGAGGCAGACGGGGAAGCUCUCACGAUCAAGAUUGCCCCUCCAAAAGCACUCCCGGCCCCACUUGGACAAUGCACUGACCGCCCCCUGCCCCCCCCCCGGGGCUGAGCAGGUACCUCAGUGACACACUGGUCACUGGGCCGCCCGGCAGCAGGAGGGGAUGGUGGAGGGGAGGGGGGCUGUGGAAGCAUCUGCCCGGGGCCCCUCCCAUCCCCUGCAGGAUGGUAGAAUGAAUUCCCAAGGGUUCUGCCUCAACUCCAGGCCUUCUGUUGAACGGCAGCAUUUUAAUAAAUCUUCGGGAUUGUUCACAACUUGAAAAUGAACGUGAGCGGUGGGUCCUUUCUCGCGGCCUCCUCUUCCUCCGUGGCCCGGCCCCGCUCGCCCCGGCCUCGGCCUGUUGGGAAACACCCUGCGCAAAGGCAAGUUGGGAGUGAAGGCGAUGCCCACUAACAGCUCUGAAACCGGUGCCCCUCCCUCCGCCCUCUUCUAGCCCCCCAAGGCGAGGUUACUGAGUCGGUCUGACCUUGUCAAGGUCAAACAGGUCAUCCCCUUCCCUCCUCCCCAAGCCCCCCACAUACCCCGGGGGGGUUCCGGCCUGUUACAAGGGACCAUCGCAGAGGGGCAGAGGCGGCUGAAAGUUUUGCAGAUUUAAGUUGGCUUUUUUGUUUCUGCUGUUGCUACUGCAAGAGACCAGUUCCACCCUGCCCUGCCCCGGCCUUUCACCGGUGUGACUAGAGCAAGCCGCCCACGGGGCCGCUUUCAUCUAGUCUGCACCUGGGUGACAGGCCAGGAAUACUCCCUUUAUGGUUCUCUUCCCCCUCCCACCCCCGGGCUGAAAAAAAAGGAGGUAGGGACACUCCUCUGGAUUAGAAUCGGCCUGUUAAAGAUUAAAGACAGCUGUCCAUUUUCAGUG